ACAUUCAUCCAAUCAUUCCUGUAAUCCAAGAUAACAACUUAUCGUGUACGCCCAACAUAACAUAUCACUAACUGCAAUACAUAUUGCAUUUGCCUUUUAUAUUUUGUAUAAGACGGUCAAAUAGUUGUAUUUGAAUAAAUAUUUUUGAUAAAUAUAUUUGCCUUCAGCUGUGGAGAAAGGCUUUGCGAUGUUUGGCAAAGGAGUAGUUUUAUUGAGUGUUUGGUGUGCGGGUGUUCUUGCAGUCAAAUCGACCUGGGAAAAACCGCCGGCAGUCAUAGAGUGUGAAGAACGUGCAAAGGACGAGCCUUUUUAUAGCGAAAACCUGACGGAACAGUCCUGCAUGCGGACGUUCUUGGUGGAUCUACUCGAAACCAACAAAACGAAUGACAACGACAAUAUUACUUUCAAGCAAUUCGAACAAAUGAUGUUUGGCAAGCAACUGCCCCCAAGCGGUCCCCGAGUGCGACGCGACAUACGGGUUCUCAACGAGACGGAGCUACAUAAGCUGUUUGAUGCUUUCGACGUUCUUUACAGGAAUGGCACAAUGGCAAGUUUUGGCCGACUCCAUGGCACUAACACACACCUAAAGCACCACGGGGCCUCCUUCCUCCCUUGGCACCGUGUGUUUAUAGCGGCGUUUGAGGAGAAGCUCAGAGAGGUCGACCCCGAUGUGUCUCUGCCAUAUUGGGACUAUUCGAUGGACUACUACAUGCCAAAACCGUCUAUGUCAAUCGUCUGGAGCAAGUGCUUCUUCGGCAACGGUGUCGGCACCGUUCUCAAGGGUCCAUUCCAGUCCAUUUACGGCGGCUUUAACACACCGGUGAGCCGCGACAUCGCAGCUUCAGAGUGUCAUGGUCUGAUCAGUAAGGAGGACAUUGACGAACUCAUGACGUUUUGCAAUUUUGCGGAUAUAACGAUAGGAAAAACUCUGUACAAAAAUGCGUCGCACAACCUAGAAAAACUACACGAUGAUGUACACGACUGGGUUGGCGGUGAUAUGGGCUAUCUGGGAUCGGCGGCCUACGACCCCAUAUUCUACAUGCACCACGCCUUCAUCGACUACAUCUGGGAGAAGUUCAGAAGCCGACAGGCCGAUGAGUGCAAUGUGGACAUCGAGAAAGACUACCGGGAACCGGGUGACUACUCUGUCGACCCCAAUGGACAACAAGGCCCAAAUGACACAAUGCACGGGUUUGAGUAUCUUAAAAACAUCGACGGGCUAUGGAAAAACUGGACCACCGCCUUUUACAGCUACGAAGACGCGCCGGAGUGUCCAAAAUGCGGCAAUUCGAAGUACCUCUACUGCAACAAGAGUAUCAACCCGAACCGUCCAAAUGGCGUCUGCGUGCCAAAGACGCUUGACUUGUGCGUCAAUCCGAAGAAUUGGACAUAUGUAAGGGACGCACUGUAUAAUCAGACGCAAAAUCACGGCGCCAAAUUGUUGAUGGGCCCUGCGCGGCUUCAAGGGUACGGUCGAACGAGAUUCAAUACAGAGCAAGAGGGGCUCGUACUUCUUAAACAGGAGAUUGCAAAAGGUAAGUUUGGCGAUUUUCAAUUUUUUAUUCUUAACUUUGUUCAAGGAAUGUCUGGUCUCCUCACUGAAUAAUUAAUACUUUUAACU